AUGUCCGCCAUCAGGAGCCUACUAUCCGGCAAGGUGCGCUCGCAGUCGGGCUGCUACACCUGCCGGCUGCGGCGCAAAAAGUGCGACGAGAGGCGGCCCGUCUGCGAUGGCUGCGCGGCGCUCGAGAUUACCUGCUUCUACGGCGAGCAAAAGCCCGACUGGAUGGACGGCGGGCCUAGGCAGCGCGCCAUGGCCGAGACCAUCAAGUCGCAGGUCAAGAAGCAGGCCAGCCAGCGGCGCGACCGCAAGUACCUCGAGAUGCUGGAGAGCGGCACCCGCAUGGUCAACCUCAACGACGAGCCUCCCGCCGCGACCAACGGCGACCACUCGAGCGACACGCCCGCCGUGUUUGCUUCUGAGAGCGAUCGCGCCUUUGACACGUCGCCGAGCUCCAUCAGCGCUACAACCGGCCCGUCGCCGGAUAUGCCCUGGCACCACCAUCAACUUGCGGGCCCCGGCCCUGAGCGCAAGAGCGACUACGACUCGGCGCAGGACACGCACCUCAUCAUGAACUACGUCGACUUCGUGUUCCCCUACCUGUUCCCCUACUACCAGCCGCCGAUCCUCCCGCCGAUCCUCGUCGGCGGCCGCGGCUGGGUGCUGGACGCCUUCCUGCACGGCAGCCGCGCCAUCUACUACACGGCCAUCGCGCUGUCCUCGUGGUUCUUCGGCGUGCUGCUCGCCGGCGGCGAGGAGAAGCACGCGGCCUGCACCGAGCGCAUGGCGCGCCAGCUGCACCACCAGAUGGGCAUCAGCCUCAAGGAGCUGCAGAAGAACGUGCAAGCCAUCAGCGCCAAGCGAGGCGGCGGGGACGGAACCUCGUGCGCGCGCGAGGCGCUCGAGGUCAUGCAGAGCGUCAUCCAGAUGCUCAUCUUCGAGGUGACGGCGGCCAACAAGGACAACUGGAAGAUGCACCUGGACGCGGCGAUGGCGCUGUUCGCGCAGAUCCUGCCGCGGCCCGGUGGCUGGACGGAGACGCUGCAUGCACUGUGGACGCCCAAGUGGCCGCCGCCGGAGAUGGGCAUCCGCCGCCCGUGGAGCACCGACCAGGCGGCGCUGCGCUUCUUCGGCGCCAACCUGCUGUACAUUGACGUCAUGGCGAGCAUCACCAUGUCGCGGCGGCCGCGGCUGGCCGCCUACCACGACUCUGUCAUUCCCAUCGGCGACGACGGCGGCGGCGGCCCGGGGGGCGACGCGCCGCCGUUGUCGACGCAGCCGCAGUCGGCGGGCCCGCUGCGGAUGGAGGAGUUCUUCGGCCUGCAGAACUGGGUGGUGCGGACGCUGGGCGACAUCGCGGCGCUGGACGCGGACAAGAAGGCUGCGGCAGCGCGCGCCGCGGGCGAGGGGAUGACGGCGACGGAGCUCUCGGCUCGUGGGGAGCCGCUGCUGCGGGCGGUCCGGGCGGGCAUCCGGCACCUGGACGAGCAGGACUACGCGCAGACGCCCGUGGAGCGAGCCGUCUCCGUGAUCCGGGACCCCCUAUCCAGCCUCAACCCGACCGCCGCGACCGCAGCGGCGAAGCGCCCGCAGUUCGUGAUCCAGAACCUCAUCUGGCUGCACGCGGCGUUCCUGUACCUGGACGCGGUGGUGUCCGGGUGGCGGCCGGCGGACGCGGAGGUGCGGCGGUCGGUGGACAAGGUGACGGAGCUGCUGGUGGGCCUGCCGGACGGCAAGACGAUGCAGUCGAUGGCGUUCCCGUUCUGCGUGGCGGGGUGUCUGGCGGCGCGGGAGGAGCUGCGGGAGCGGUACAGGGCGCUGGUCGGGCGGCUGGGCCCGCUGCGGGUGUUUGGGACGAUGCAGGAGGCGAGGAACAUCAUGGAGAGGACGUGGGCGGCGGGCGCGGAGGGCGAGGACUGGGACGUGGCGAGGUGCUUGAACAUCCUCGGCCACGGGGCGCUGCUGAUUUGA